GGAGAUGGGAGAUGUUUCGACCUCAGUGCUCGGUGUUGUCCAGUGUCUCUUGUGUCAACUCGUCCACUUCACUUUUGUGUCAUUUAGUUUGGAGGUUUGGCUUGUGACCUUUAACCUAUAAGGCUUAAACUCUACCCACGGAGCUAUACAGGGUCCAUAAAGUAGUUUCUAUAGGAAAUGGGCCGCCCGUCAUUAUGUAGUUGUAUGCUGUGGCAGUAUCCUCCCUCCUCUGUCCCUUCGCCUCCACCUCCCUCCCAUCUCCCACCCACCUCUCCUUCUCCUCCUUUCUUUCCUCUCUUUCUCUCGGCUCCUUCACUGCUUGCAGAUGAGCCCGAUUCAGCUCAGAUGCACUGAAACUGAACAUGCAGACAUUCAUGCACUUGAGCAAAACAAAAAAUUAGCUAGCGCUGACUGGAACUGCCAGCACAUACUGAAGCAGUUUGUGUAGCUUGUGUAUACAUAUGGUGCAAGUAAGUCUGGAUUGAUUUGAUUAACUUCUGCUCAAUUUUGAGAAACUUUUAAAGCCGGUCUGAUUGAGGCUCAUCAAAAAAUUUUGCUCACAAGCGAGAUUUGCACUUGUUCUGCACGAAGGCAUCGACUCUGCGCGACCACGUGUCCGGCUGCAGACAUUUGGUCAGUUGGUUGGUGGAUGAUAGGAUCAGAUCAGGCAUAAAUGGGGCUCGUGUUCAGCUGGCUUUGGGGCCAAAAAGAGGCCCCACCGCUCCUGGAUGUCGCCACGGAGGCUCAGGUUGUACCCCCAGCUGAGGCUCCAGUGGUGGCUCCUGCUGAGACUGAGAUUCAGACAGUCGACACAACAGUCAUAGAAACAGAGACUGAACAGACGUUUGAAGUUUGUGAGCCAGUGACUGGAGUGGAAGCCGAGGCUGUUGCAGAGGAAGAAACUGUGACCGAGGUGGAGGUGGUGAUCCCAGAAGACGUCGCUGUACCGGAGCCCGAAAUAGAAAUAACCAAAGAACCAGCGGCGGAAGUGGUAGAAGAGAUUAGCAGCGCAGUUGAAGCUGAACAAGCUGAAGCUGAACAAGUUGUAGUUGAACCUGUUGCAGACGAGGUGGUAACAGAAACCGUCGCUGAGUCAGUAGUUGAAGUAAUCUCAGAGGUACCUGAACCUGAACAAGUGACUGAAGCAGCUGUUAGUCCUGCAGCUCCAGCUGAGGAGGAAGAAGAUGACGGUGGAGUAGAAGUAUUGGCUGAAGAGGAAGCACCUGAAGUUCCUGCUGAGCCUGUUACAGUCGCAGAGGAUGUUCCUGUCCAGUCUGUGGAAAUCCCAGUGGUGCCAGACACCAUCCCUGAGGCUCUGGUAGAAGAGGCUGCACCUGUCAUUACUAAAACCACAGAGGCCGUUGCUGACACGCUGGUUGAUGACUUUGUUGUCACGGAAUCUGUCUCAGCAGUAGAAGUUGCCGUUGCUGAGUCUCCUGCUGCCGUCGAGCAGGAUGUCGUGGCCACAAUCGACACCCCCAUCGAUGUUCCCCAAACAGAAUCCAUGGAUGUGACUCCUGCUGAGCCUGAGCCUGCUGUUGUUGUACCUGCAGAGGAAAUGAUCAUUGACGCUGCCACUGAGCAGAAAUGUCUGGAUAUGCUGUCAGAAGAGCCUAAAUCAGAAAUGUGUGACAUGCCGUGUCAGAUGCAGCUCGCUGUGGAGUCUGUGCAGCUCAACUCAGUGGAGAUGUCAGUGGAGACAGCGUUGAACGGACACAUUGUUCCAGAGGUCUCUAUUGAGGGCUAAAGCCACAACACGCAGCUCGGAAAAAAGACAUCUUUUUUCUUUAUUCCCCUUUGGUCAUUUGUAGGACUCAAAGCUUUACAGGGAGUUGGCAAGCUGACCUUCUCAUUUUUUACGGCUUAGGAACAGAACCGCCAGGAAAUCGAAGGGACAUCCACGCUUUGAAGUGCCUUUCCUGCCCUGGUUUCUGUUAAAACAUCAAACCAGAUGUCAAAAAAAAAACUGCUGCGUUCAUGGCAGCACAACUGACUGGUGAAACAAACAUAUCGUGGCUCCUCUUAAUCUGUAUCUUCCACCCUCCCAAAAACCACAUACACUUCAUUUUUCUAUUAGCGGUGGAUGCAGAAGUGCUUGAGAGAUUGCUUAAAUAAGACAAAUGGCAAAUCUCCCCAGAACAUCUGCCUCCACACGGCAGACGCUCGGUGCAUGUGAAUACUGUAGCAUCAGUGAAUGUGCCUGCAGUUUGUAUUCAGACCUCUGUUCAUGAAGGAGGAACAACUUUUUGUGUUGUUUUUACUCGUUUCACUGAUUUCCCUCACCAGGGUCAUUUUAGCAGAGACACAAGUUUCUUCUUUUGCCUCCAUUUCUGUCUCCUUCUCUGUCCUCCAGCUCUCUCUGCCUCGACUAAGUGCCGAUGUGCAGAUUAAUGUGACACUAAAAACUGCAUCCUGAAGCUAGAAUUCUAGGUUUCAUGGCCAACGGAGUCUGGAGAAUGACAAGAGUUUGAGUGGAUGAGCUCCUUUUCUGUUUCUUUUUUGUUUUUCCACUUUCUCCUUUUGUAAUUCAUUUUGUAUAGACCAUAUUGAUGGGCUACAGUUUUGUGUUCAAAGCCUGUGCUCCGGAGGGGAAAUCUAGCGUGGUCCGAUGAUUGCUGUCGAGCUGUAGAUGGGCUGACUUGAUCUUUGAAAUAAAGCUGUAUCUCAUCGUGA